AUGUGGUAAUUCAGAAAAAGAAAAACAUGGAAUAUUCUAAAUAUUAUUUUUCAGCCAACUGUUGCGAUCCCAAUUCCAUCCAAUUCCCACAGCAGCUCAAGUUCUCUUUGUAUUCUGUGCAUCAAAUUACUUUGAAUGUGUCCAAAAUGCAUCUAAAUUAGACAAUGCCGAAACAGAUAUAUUGAUUCGACAUGUUCAAUUGCAAAAUUAUCAACCAAAUCAAUUUUUCUGCAAUAUUUUUUCAAUGGAAAUGUGUCAACAAAUGGUCGAUUCAUACAAAUUGUGCUCGUUCCGCAUCUUGACAGAUGACAGAGUUGUUGCUCAACUUCAAUAA